UGAUGUUUAUUUAUAGAAUAUGUGCCGAUUUUAACAAAAAUUGAAAUUAUCAAUGGACGAGGGUCCAUAUUGUAGUGCCCACUGUUACGGAAAUUAUAAGAAAAGGAGAAGAAUCUAAGAUAAUUAAAACGUUAUUUAUCUAUGCGUCUAUUUUAACUUUUAUGUAUAAAAUUCUGGAAAUCCUAAAGAAAAGCAAUUCACCUCAUAAGGAUUCAUUAUGGCAGUUACUGUAUUUCACAGGUUAACUCUUUCGUUGGGUUUUUUGUCAUUAUUUCACUCAGCAUAUUCAGCUGCUCAACAUCGUUCAUAUCUAAGACUGAAUGAAUUAGAAUUUACACAUUUGCCGCCUGACAUCUGGAUUCAGGCUCUAGCUAGUUUCUUUAUAAUAAUAUAUGGAGUACUAUAUGUAGCAGGUGAUUUCAAGGAAAUUAAGGCUUCAGCCGAUCUUGAUAAUAAAUCAUGGGAAACCUUUAGAAAUAUUCCUUCGUUUUAUACAUUUUCUCAUAGAGGUAAAGCAUUUGCUGCCUGAAAUUACCAAUAGCAUUUAAAAUGUUAUGCUACAAAAAAAAAAUUGUACAUUUAUAGAAAAAUGUUUUGUAUUUAGAAACCAUGUAUUACAUUGUUUAUUGUUGUCCCAUAUUCAUAUUAAAAGGACAUUAACAC